AUGCAAGCUGCUUGUUUCAAUCCCCUUCUUGGGGUAGGAAGUCAGUUUGGUCCUAGAAACCCCAGAGCGUUUCGAAAUGUUCGACCAGCUGCACUUCAAUCCUCUCCAUCGGCAUAUACGUCUGUCUUUCGAAGCAUUGGAACUUCUGUCAUUCGCAAUGCUUUAGAGCAAAACCGGUUUUGUUGUACCCGCAGGGUAUUCAGAAGCUCUCGCUGCCGUGUGGUCUUAUCAGAUUCUCUUUCUGUUGAAAUCGUACCAUCGAGUGGGCAAAUAUACAUUCAACAAAGAGGGUUCAGAACUAAGAAGGCGCAAACACCAUUUUUGGGAACAAGCUCGUUGACACAAAAGCAACCUGAGCCUGCUAAAUGGAAUAUCUUCUCAGAUUUGUUAGGUCGGUCACCCAAAGAAGAUUCUGUAAAUAUGCGAUACCAACAAUAUGAGACUGACCUAAAAAAACUUCCCGAUCACCAACAUAAAACAUAUACGGACGGAUUUGUGAAAGGUCUUCUACAAGGGAAACCUGCCGACAAUGCCAAAAAGUCGAACACACUAACUCGUUUUUAUAUCUUUCUCGUUGGAUUGAUUUUCUUCUUCUACUUAACAGGAAAGAUUCGUGUUCGAAUAGGCGAUCGGCAAUUGGGAUCUAUCUUUUUCAAUAAUCCACAGGAAGUCAAGCCUGAAGAUGUGCAAGUCACCUUCGAUGAUGUUCGAGGAAUGGAGGAAGCUAAGUUAGAAGUUGAAGAAAUCGUAUCAUAUUUGCGUGAUCCUGAAAAAUAUUCACGUCUUGGAGGGCGCUUACCUAAAGGUGUUCUGCUCGUUGGACCUCCAGGUACUGGAAAAACGCUCUUGGCUAGAGCUAUUGCUGGUGAAGCACAAGUACCAUUUUUCCACACUUCUGGUUCUGAAUUUGAUGAAGUACUAGUAGGGCAAGGAGCUCGAAGAGUCAGAGACCUCUUCGAUAAGGCUAAAGCCAGAGCUCCUUGCAUUAUUUUUAUUGAUGAGAUCGAUAGUGUUGGCUCUAAGAGGGUCAGUAAUAGCAUUCAUCCUUAUGCUAACCAAACGAUUAACCAACUUUUGAGUGAGAUGGAUGGUUUCAAUAGAAAUGAGGGUGUGAUUGUUAUAGCCGCUACCAAUCGUGUUGAUGAUCUGGAUAAGGCUUUGUUGCGACCUGGUCGAUUUGAUGUACGAGUGACUGUUCCUAAACCAGACUUAAAAGGAAGACAAGAUAUAUUUGAGCAUUAUCUUUCAAAGAUUGUGCACUGUUCUCAUGUUGAUUCGCUUGUAUUGGCAAAGGGUACCACAGGUUUCACUGGUGCUGAUAUAGAAAACAUGGUUAACCAAGCGGCUCUCAAAGCUGCUACAGAUAACUGUUUGGAAGUUACUAUGUAUCAUUUGGAUGAAUCAAAAGACAGAGUUCUGAUGGGGCCUGCUCGAACUGGAGGUAGAAUCCCUGACGAGGAAGCUAAUAAGAACACAGCAUAUCACGAGGCUGGGCAUACCCUUGUAUCUCUUUACACGAAGCAUGCCACACCGCUUCAUAAAGUUACAAUUAUCCCUCGUGGACAAUCCCUUGGUCAUACUGCUAUGUUAGCAGAAAAAGACGAAUAUCAAUUAACCAAAGCUCAAAUGUUAGCUCAGCUUGAUGUUAUGAUGGGUGGUAGAGUUGCUGAAGAGCUUGUAUUUGGUGAAGACAUGGUCACCACUGGUGCUGCUGAUGACUUAAGAAGAGCUACAUCAUUAGCGUUGCAGAUGGUGAAGACAUUCGGAAUGAGCGAUAAAAUCGGCCUCCGAGAUUAUACUGCUGAAGAUAACACCUCUUCUCUGGUGAAAGUAAAUGAGCUCAGUCCUCAAACACAGGAAGCCAUCGAUAAGGAAAUUAAUCAAGUUCUACUUGACAGCUAUAAUAGAGCUAAGGCUGUUUUGACUAAAAAUAAGAAAGAACAUCAACUGUUGGCAGAAGCUUUGUUAGAAUAUGAGACUCUAUCAGCUGAAGAGGUUAAAAGGGUGAUCACUGGUCAGAAAAUAAAAAGACCAACCCCAGCUGCCGUUAAGCGUAGCAAUGAGGUUCGCCGUCAAAAGCCUGUCAUGCAUAUUCAUCUUCUGGAUGAGAGGCCAACAAGUUCCUCUUGA